UAAAGCAACCCACUUGAAAGAACCACACAACCACCGCCAACCAGUUAGUUAUGGAAAACCAAUUGCCGGAAGCGAUCGUGGUGGGCGCGGGGCCGUCCGGCCUGGCCGCCGCCGCCUGCCUGAACCGCCUCUCGGUGCCGAACAUCCUUCUGGAGAGAGAGGACUGCUUCGCUUCCCUGUGGAAGAAGAAAUCGUACGACCGCCUUCACCUUCACCUGAAAAAGCAGGUCUGCGAGCUCCCCCACAUGCCAUUUCCGAGCUCCUUCCCCACCUAUGUUCCCAGGAAGCAGUUCGUCCAGUACCUGGACGACUACGUUUCUCACUUUCAGAUCAAACCCAUGUACCAGAGACUGGUCCAGUCUGCAAACUACGACGAGGUUGAGAAGAAGUGGAGAGUUAGGGCGAGGAAUAUUGGUUCCGGCGAGGUGGAAGAGUACUCCGGCAGGUUUCUGGUGGUGGCGACCGGCGAGACCAGCGAUGCGUUCACCCCGGAGGUGGAAGGGUUGAGUGAUUUCACGGGGGAGGUUAUCCACUCAACUGAGUUUAAAAGUGGAGACAAGUACAGAGGGAAAAGGGUGUUAGUUGUUGGGUCUGGAAAUUCUGGCAUGGAGAUUGCUCUUGAUCUGUCCAACCAUAGUGCCAAAACCUCCAUAGCCAUUCGGAGCCCAAUUCACAUUUUAUCAACAGGAAUGGUAAACUUGGCGGUGGCUCUGGUGAAAUACAUCCCAUUGUACGCUGUGGACGCCUUGCAAGUGAUGCUUAGCAGGCUAUGGUAUGGAGACCUAACCAAAUACGGGAUUCAAAGGCCUGCCGAAGGGCCCUUUUCCAUGAAACUCAAAUAUGGCAAGUACCCAAUUAUCGACGUUGGAACUUGUAGCAAGAUCAAGUCCGGCGAAGUUCAGGUGUUGCCGGCAAUAGCAAGGGUGAAGGGAGAUGAAGUGGUGUUUGCGAACGGCAGCUCACACCCAUUUGACGCGAUCAUUUUCGCCACCGGCUUUAAAACAUCAACACACAAGUGGCUGCGGGGAGACGACUACCUGUUGGGCGAAGACGGGAUAUCAAAGCUGAGCUUUCCAAACAACUGGAAGGGAAAGAACGGCCUAUACUGCGCGGGGCUCUCGAGGAGAGGAUUCUAUGGCGCUGCCAUGGAUGCUCAGAGCAUCGCCGCUGAUAUUAACAAAGCUCUGUUCCCCGAGAGAUGAAACCCAAAUUAACCCGAUAAAUUUCGUAUGUUCUUUAUGUAAAAUUGUUAUUUGAAGGGUAUAUAUAUAUAUACCAAUAGAUCAAACACAAAGGCGUAUAUAUAAUCCAUUGAGUUGGCGAACUAGUUCUAUAUAUAUCUUACAGGUUGUUUAAUUUAAGAAGAGAGUUUUUAA